AUACGCGUUUCAGAGAGGUGGUCCGAGCAAAACUUAGACGGCAAAGCUAGCAUUCACGUUUUACUUGUCGGUUGAGAAAAUUAACAAAAUAAAUAACUACACGCAUGCGCACUUACACAUCGACAAAGAGCAGCGCCCCACAUGAAUCUUCAACAGUGCAUUUAACUGAAAAAAAAAAGAAAAAAUACUUGUCUUUUGUUUUUUAUUUCUUUUUUCCGUUCUCUUCUUCUUCUCUUUUGCCGUCUUCAAGAGUUGAAAUCUUCGUUGUUAAAUAUUUAUAAUGACUUUUCCGGCUAUAAAAAAGCCACCGCACCAACAACACUUUUCAUGUUGUUGGUGGUGGCUUUUUCGUAAUGUGAAGAUGUGUGUGGCGGCCGCAACGCUGCCAUGGCUGGGGUUAACGACGAUGAUGGCGAUGACGAUGUUGGCGACGACACUGAUGGCUAUUGGCGUUGACGCACAAGAAUAUUAUUUGUCCAAUUCAAAUACGCAAAAUCGUUUUGUUCCCUCUUCCCACUACCAGAACGGGAGACAAUACAGAAGUGGUGCUGGUCAGCCUGGGUCAUAUCAGGAGCAAAUCUUAUUCCUAGGCAAUGAGGCAAAGUCGCAGAGUCAGCCAUUGACGUCCCCAGCGUUUUCGCCCUUCAAUCCUCAAUAUACGAAUAAUCGCAACAAUGACUACUACGACAUAUCGCCAAGGCCGUUUGGUGUUCCUGCAACGGGUAGUUCAUCAUCAGUGCGUGCAAAAUCAUUUAAACCCAGUAACGGUUUCGUACCCCAGAGAGCUAAUAUCCCUCACCAACAGACACAAUUCGCUCAGCAAUUCACUGAGUCCGUGGGAGACAAACAGUCGUCCAAUCGCUUGCCUUCUACGGGUUUUGGUAGUUCAGCCGCACGCCCGUUCGGCAGUGGAGGGUUCCAACCAAGUGCGAACCGCAAUCGACCUGCCGUUCCUGCUUUGCACUCUUCGGAUAGUCCAGCCGGCCCGGCAUCACCACAAAAAUCGCCCUUUCGCAAUACGCGAACACGUUUCCAAUCCAAUACACCAAGCACACCGACUACGUCGACUGAGAGCACGUCCACCAAACGAUACAAUCGCUUCGGUUCCAACAGGAACGCUUUCAAAGCUUCUCCAUCGCCGAGCAGUCUACGCUCCAACAACCCCGAGCUCAGUAGGGUUGCACAAAACAAAUUCACCAGUCGAAGACCUGCCUUUAUUAGUCGGGAAGUGAAUGAGCCAAUACAAAGUUCCAAGAUACAGAAACCUUAUGCACCGCCUAAGCCGGGACGUAUUAAAAUUCCACUGAAAAGUCAAAUACUGAAACAGCAGAUUUCCCCCUCGUCGACGCCCUUUAGGCCGGCUCUGCCACAAACUCAGCUUGCACGCAAAGAAAAUGAAAGCACUAGCUAUGAGGACGAAGAAGAGAUGUCUGAAAAUAAUAAAACCGCAGGGGACGAUGUGAAGGAAGUUGUGUUGGAGAAAUUACAGCUACACGAAGCCGAAGCGAGUCUCAACCAUAAGCCACCCGAAGCAGAUACGCCAAAGUCCGAUGGUGUGACAGAAACUGCUGGCAAUACAAAUGCCACGGUCGACACAGCCGGACAUGAAACAUCAGCAGCAGUAGAGUCCGAUGAGGAUUAUGAGAAAAACUAUUCCGAUGAGUAUGCACAAAGCCAGGAAGAUGGCGAAGAUAGCAAUGAAGAAAAUACUACUUUAGUAGAUUCGAGUGAGUUGGAGAAUACAACCCUAAAGCCAUCCGACUCUGAAGAAGAGUACCAUGAGCUGGAUGAGGACGAAGUUCAAGCAACAGUAAUACCACUUACUACUACAACAACAGCUCCAUUGUCUGUAGAUAUGUCAGUUACUACUACAACGACUACUACAGAACGUGUGCCGACGCUCGAUGAUGAAAAGGCUGUGGCUGCCACGGAAGAGAUUACAACAACCGAAGCAGCAGGUGAAGGUCACUUGAACGAGACGAGUGCUGAGUACGACCAAGAAGAAUAUGAAGAAAUGGACGACGAAGGAGAUAGUGCUGAAGGAUAUAACGAGUCGGAUCAAUUGAAUAGCGGAGAAAUCCAAAUGACAACAAUACCACCAGCAAGCACGGAAGAACCUGAGCUAGAGAUUAGAGAAGUAAUCACAGUUGUUACAAGUAAGACAAUCGUUAAUGGCACGACUCUUAUUAUACCACCUGUUACACCAAGAACUACUACACUCCCAAUGGAAGAGGAGGCUAUCUUUACUGAAACCAAAUCUUCGCCCGCUUCUGAAGAAAACUUCGAUGCGGAAAGGGAAGCUACAACUACACCAACGCCUCCUGCUCAGAAAGAAAGCUCAGAGAAUAACGCUACCGAGGGCUACGUCGUCGUUGCUUCCAUUCAGACCAGCCGAAGUAUUAACGGUGCUCGCUUUUUACCCUUCCCUGCCAUUCAACAGGAGGAGUCUAAGAAAUCUCUAUCCGAAUUAGAGCGAAAUGCCAAGGCAAAGGCCAACAAGAAAGAUCAGGACAGUGUCUCCGAACAGCACAAUGGCAGUGAAGAAUCUGAAGCAAGUACCACAGUGCGUAUUGAACAGUCGUCCGAGAACACAUCAUCAACACAGGUGUCGUCUUCCACAGAAAGCAUCAUUGACAAAUUAGAUCGCGUACAAUCAGAACUAUCUAGUGGACUCCUGGCUGGGCAAUACCCAAUAAUCAGCCAAAUGGACGUUUCAACUCAACCGACAACAUCGACAGCUGUUUCGAAAUUUGCACCAAACAUUCGCAAAUUCCAACCGAAAACAACAUCGGCACCCAAGGUUAAGGUGCACCAUUUCGAUGAAGCUGAAAUGGACGAACUCACUAGUUUGCUUCCUCCGGGUUAUAAUAAGUCAAAGGUCUCAUUUAAGGACCGAAAAAUUACCACAACAACAGAAAGAAAUGCCAAGCAAGAGCAAGAUGAGUCCCGAAAGCCAGCACGCAACUCCACCAUAAGUAGGUCUUUUAAGAACACCGGAAUUCCAGCUCAGGAUGUUUCCCUGGCAAGCCUUCUCCCAAAGGGAUAUAAAUUACCAACAACAACGGAAAAACAGUCUAACAGCUUGGACGACAUCCUUAGCAAAAUCACAUUCGACGAUAACAUAGAUAAGCUGCUCCCAAAAGACUAUAAGCAGAUAUCGACGACUCCAAAGCCAGACAUAGCUUUGGUAGAUGAUAUAUCUAAAUUUUUACCACCAGGUUACCAGUUGACGGAAUCUACGCCAGCAUCAUCUACCCCAGAAACGCCCAAAGAGAGUGAAACUAAAACGAAGGAGAAUGGAAAAGAUGCAGAGGGCCAAACUCUACCAGGAGUUAAAAAAGUAGAAGAGGAAGACAUUUCAAAAUUCUUGCCACCGGGAUACAAGCUGAGAACAACGAAAAAACCCAGCAUUAAAACGGAUCCUGAGCCCAUAGAUAUAUCCAUGUUGUUACCAAAGGAUUUCAAGUCAACCGAAACAAAGCCUCAGGUGCCUGUUGACAUAAUUAAAAAGAUCGAGUUCAAAGAGGUUGCCUCCUUGCUGCCUCCCGACUUCAAAGCUAAUAGUAACAGCAAUGAAACAUCCAAGUCACUGACAAGCAGUACCAGCACGACGACGACUACAACAGAAAAACCUCCAAUUUCGACUGAAAGUGGAUCAGGUGGUGGUAGUGGUAGUGGUGGCUUAAAGGUUGUUUUCCCCAAAGGAUUCCAUAAACGUUUGGGCGCUCAUAGACUAACUACGCCAAAAUCUACUGACGUCGGUGAAGGAUCUAAUUCGCCAUCUAUCGUCAUUAAGAAAGGUCCUCCGACGCGCGCCACAACUGAGUUCACUGGAUGGCCAACUCCUUCGACUACACCAAUUUCUAUAGAAAAACUUUUGGAGCAGGCUAGAACUGCCACAGUGGACGUGGGUGAUCUGCUGUCAUCAACUACAACAACGACUACAACAACAACUACAACCACUACAACAACUACCACACCAAAACCAACUAAACCCGGUUUUUGCACCACCGACUGUGAUUUAGCAGCUACCAUCAAAAUUAUUGAUGGCGUUUCGUGGAAACCCGAACUACUGGAUCACAACACUGUCGAAUGGAAGACUCUGGCCCGCGAUGUAGAAGCUCAACUAAAUGAAGUCUAUUCCACGGCUCCCCAACUAAACAAGUGGUACAAAAAGGUUCGUAUAGACAGCUUUAGCAAAGGCAGUGUUUUAGUGGACUACUACGUUGAACUGGCGAAUGUUACGGAAGACGUUAACACAUUGGAAAUCAAGCAACUAUUCCAUGACGCUUUGACGCCACAGACGAUUGUACCGCCGGAAACCGAAAACGAAACGGAUAACGACGACAAUGAAGACCCUGGGUCAAAAGGUGAAAAACUAGUCAAGCAAUCAUUUGUUAUGGGCAAAUAUAUCAUAGAUCCAGUUGCCACCGAUUUUUCAGUUAUUCCAAAAUCACUUACUCCCAAUGUGGAAUUCGCCGAGGAAGAUUUAUUGAUACCACAAUGGGCGAUUGUGGUAAUCGUUAUUGGCGUGGGUUCUCUAGCAUUUGUUGUUAUAUUUGGCGUUACAGUCCUUCUCAAUCGCCAAAAGAGGGCAAAGAAGGCACCCAUUCCUCUUACUAAUGACAUGAUCAACGACCUAAAGAUCAAUCAUAUGGGAGGCGUAGACAAUUACGGUGUGGAUGAUUUCUAUAACAUAGAUGAUGCCUGGAACGACACAAAGCAACCCAUAAAGCCCAAGCGAUUUACCAAUUCCUUGCACGACAGCAGUGGCUCUAAUAUUUAUGACAGUUGGCGUUCAACUCGCCAUGGUGACUACUAUUACGAUUCGCAGAACAAUUACUCUCACAAAGGAGAUUCAUUGCAGCGCUCUCUGAAGCACCAGCCUCACUCUCAAUACUCCGCUAGUAUACAACACCAACAGCAAAUGUAUGGCCACCAGUUCCAGUAUCCUGAUGCAUUUGCGGAUGCCCAUCAGAUGUAUACGUAUAACAAUCAAAAUGGCAGGUCGCGUUAUCCGCGAGAUUACGAUCCCGAUUUUUAGUUUCAAUACCUAGUUCUAGUUUAAAUGUAAAUAAUGUUAUGUAAAAAUACCUAUGUAUGUAAACCAUGGGCUUUUAUAAUUACUCUAGACUAUGUUUUUACCAAACAUGAAUACUUUAUAGGCUUAAGUUCUCGUCUAAUAUCGUACUUAUUUAUUGGAAUUUAUGCAUUGGCUGCUAAAAUAGCAAAUACAACAAAAUUAUAUGUGCCUUGUAGAAUUUGUAUGUACUUUCUUCCUCUCCCCUAUCUCCAUCCCAACCCAACAAUUCUAUUUUCAGCACAUUAUUUCCUUGGCGUGUCUGUCGCGUCAGUGUUUGUACUAUAAGACAGUAGAUUUUGUGUAACAAAGUUCAUAGUAGACUAUUAAUAAAAUCGAAAAAAAAAUUAUAAUAACACAGGGUUGAAACCACCACUUGUGCAACAGGGAAUAAUCUGCAUGAAACUUUAAGAAGAGAAUGAAUAAAAUAAAAUAAUAUAACAUAACAUAAAUAAA